AUGGCGACCUGUGUUCAUAGCCAGACGGACCUAUUAGCGCGGGCCAACGGGAGAGCAACGGAAGAGAGCGAUGACGUCACAACGGAAGACUCUCCUGUUAUCACCCGCGUUGCUGCGUCUGUUGCCCACACGGAGGUGGCGAAAGGAAGGCGAAGAGGAGACGGGGAUAACGGAGGUGGGGAUGACGUGGCCGAUGAUGACGAGGACGCGGAGUUGGUGGCAGCCGGGGGGGGCGGCCGGCGGGAGGAGGGGGAGACCUCGGAGUCCCUGUCCGCUGCCGCCCGUCUGCCGAAGGCCCAGGCGCUGCAGGGCGUCCACCAGGGCCUCCCUCAGGGUCUCCCCCAGGGUAGCAGCGGGCGCCAAGUGCAGCCCGCCGGCAGCCAGGUGGUCAGCCAGGUGGGGACGCAGGUGGGCACGCAGGGGAGCUUCCAGACAGCGCAGACGAUUCAGAGCCUCAACUUCGGCAGGAUCCCGACCUCGUGCGCGCUCUGCUCCCGCGAGAGGAACUUGUGCAGAAUCAUCUCGGGAAUCUUCACCCGGCCCCGCCUUCCCUACGGCUACUCCCUCGUGACCCCCAUUCCCGCGGGCGUGUGCAACGUUACCAUCACAGAGAUGAAGCCGUCAAAGAACUUCUUUGCCCUUCGACGCACCGACGGCACCUACGUCCUCAACGGCAACUGGGACAUCCAGGCGGCGGGGCAGUACCAGGCAGGCGGGACCGUCUUCACCUACACGCCGUCAGACGAUGACAGCGGGGAACAACUCGCCGCGCCGGGACCUCUUCGGGAGUCGAUUGAACUGAUGCUGAUCUCUCAGAGCCCCAACCCGGGCAUCAAAUACGAGUACCGAGUCCCUCUCUCGGAGUACCUGGGCGGGGGCACGGGCGGCCUCACUCCAUCAUCGGGCGGCCUCGUGCCCAACAUGGGCGGGAAGGUCGGGCCGGCGACGACCGGGAUCGGCUCCACGCAAGGCAGGGGCCUGGGCCUCGGGGGCGGCAAUGUCCCUCCGGGGCAAGUGACGCCGUUCCAGGGGACCCCGAACGUCGGGGGCACGGGCGGCAUCAGGACUCCUGCCGGCGGCGGGGCGGUCAAGCCGAACCUGGUUCCGCGCGUGCCGGGGCUUCUGCCAUACGGCCCCUCCAACCCCAACAUCGCCAACGGAGGCAUCCUGCCCCUCACGCCCGUUAUCGCCCCGAUUAACCCUGGGGGCGCCCAUGGCACCUUCACUCCCUCCGGAGGCGUGCCCUUCAAGCCCCUCAGCCCCCAGGGAGGGGUGGGUAGGGCGGGGGCGGGGACACCGCCCAGAAACCCCGCCUACGUGGGGAGCCAGCCACGGCUCCCGACCCUGGAUUCCAGCGGAGGCGCCGCACCCAGGGGCACCCUUCCAGGGAUCGCUGGCGUCCCGUCACGAGGGCAACCCUUAACCCCCAUUGGGACCCCCAACCAAGGGUCUGGGAGCCUCCCCCUCCCCUGGAAUCCCUCGUAUACUUCCCAAGAUGGCGGCCGCGGACUUCCCUUGGGGACGCCCUACCAGUUCCCAGGGACCACCGGAGGCUCUGGCGUGACCACCGGCUCAGGCUUCCCCGGCCAGAGGCUGCCUGUCCCCUCGCGGGCCGACGGGGGCGGCCUCGAGACCCCCGGAUUCCCGCCGGAGUUCCCCAAGAACAGCGUCCCCCUCCGCCCCGUGGCCGUCGCGCGCCCCGGCUCGCCAGGGGCGCGGAGGCCGCCCACCGUGGACGGUGACGCCUCGUCUGCCGCCUCGAAUACGCACAGGACACGACAUCACCACGGCACUAAGGGUAAUGGCCGGAGGAAAUCGCCGGGGAAGGCGCCGGGCCGCCCGCAGACGCCCUUCGGCCCGGGCGUGCAGCUGACGCAGCCCAACGUGCUUCCGUCCUCGCCGUCCGAGCCCCAGGCCGUGAAUGUGACGACCACAUCCGGGCGGCGCAGCAAGAGCGAGCGGCGGCGGCAGAAGGGCGAGGGCGCGAGCGGCGAGAGCAGACGGCGGAAGGGGAGGAAGAGGUCUCGCUUCCAGUGGGCGGAAAAGGGGUUCACGCCCUGCUCCAGGGAGUGCGGGGGAGGAAACCAGACAACCAUCCUGUCGUGCGAGAGGAGGAGGAAGCACAGCGUCGUUGCGGACCGACACUGCGCUCACCUCCCGCGGCCAGAGACACACACCAUCAUGUGCAACCUCAAGCCUUGCCCGGCCACGUGGAUGCCCGGCGAGUGGGGUCCCUGCAGCGUCUCCUGCGGGAUCGGCGUCCAGACUCGACCCCUUCUGUGCAAGCAGCAGGUGUCCCCGAACUUCAUCAUGAUGGUUCCCGAGGGAGCGUGUCUCAGCCCGCCCACCGUGUCCACUUCGCAGGUAUGUGAGAUGGGGAGGUGCCCCAGUGCCAGCCCGGAGUGGGAAGCCAGUGCCUGGUCCAACUGCUCGGCGCCCUGUGGCCUGGGCAAACGCUUCCGGCAAGUGAAGUGCGUUGCCUCGGGCGUGCAGGUCCAGGACGGCGAGUGCGAGGGCGGGAGCAGACCCCAGGCGGAGGAAGUGUGUGACAUGGGCUCCUGCGCGACCAGCACCUGGUUCUUCUCGGAGUGGGCGCAGCAGUGCUCGGAGCGGUGCGGCACGGGCGUCCAGACGAGGCGCGUCCACUGCCUGAGCGCCACGGAGUCGUCGCGAGGAACCUGCCCAGCGGAGGCGCGACCCGACGCCACCAGGCCCUGCAGGGGGGAGAGCGGCUGCGGCGGACAGUGGUUCACGGGCCCCUGGGGCGCCUGCAGCGAGGAGUGCGGCCCCGGGACGCAGGCGAGGUCGGUCGUGUGCGUGACGCUCGCCAAAGGCCUGUGGAAGAUCGUCAAGGACAACCGAUGCCCGAUGCAGGCGCGGCCGCAGGACAACAGGGACUGCGACGUCCGUCCGUGCACGCCCGAGUGGUUCACGUCAGAGUGGUCGGAGUGUUCGGCCUCGUGCGAAGGCGGAGUCAUGCGGCGCGAGGUGACCUGCCUUGACCCCGGCCGCCGCCCCUCCGCCGAGUGCCACAACACCACCAAGCCGGCCUCGCGCCAGCCGUGCCACCUGCACUCCUGCGACGCCAUCCCGACCACGACGGCGGCUUCGGUUUCGUCUUCAACGUCUGGGUUCAUCGUGCCGAGACCGCCGAACGCAGAGAGCGACGAGGAAGCGACUUCCCGACCCUUGGAGGCCGAAGGCGACCCAACAACCGAAGAAAACCCUGCAGGAGUAGAGGACGGCCAAGAAGAGGAUACCGGCGAAGGAGGCGUGGAAGAGGGAACGGAGAGAACGGGAGAGACUUACGAAGGAGAGGAAGAAGGCGAAGAAGAGAACGAGCUGGUGGUGGUCGAGGAGACAGGCAGCAUUACCAACGUCAUCCCCGACAAGGACGCGCAGGGGGACGAGUCUGUGUCCGAGGGCGGCGACGGGGACAGCCCGAGGGAGGAGGAGGAAGAGGAAAAGGAGAAGAGGAAGAGGAAGAGGAAGAAGGAGAAGAAGAAGAACAGGCAGAACAAGGGCGAGGAGGAGGAAUCCCCUUCGCAGACGCAGCCGGCGACUGUGGCGCCAUCUCUGUCGUGUAUCGACCGGAUCAAGAACUGUCACCUGGUCUUCCGGGCUCGCCUGUGUCGGCUCAAAUACUACAACAGGCUAUGCUGUCGUACGUGCAGCGCCGCCAGGUGAGCGGGGCGUGGACAACGAAGGCAUUGGAAGCAUUAUGUAGCGGGAGACACACCUACCUAAGGAAUGCUGAUUCAUGGUGAUGUAGGAAAAGGUAUCAGAGAUGGGAGGAAAGAAACGUGGAGUGGUUCGGAGAAGGGGAGAUGGAGGAGUAAUUAGAACCUGUUUUUGUACCGGAGAAAAACAAGAAGGAGAGUGUAGUUGUGAACUUUAAUUAUAAAUUAAACCGAUGUGUCACUUAUGGAAACGUUGAUUUAUAUCGUAAUGCACUUGUGAUGUGUUUUGUGACAGUGUUUGUGGGUUAUGAAAAUGUAAUUAGCAAGUCCUGAAAAAAAAGUUAUUUAAUGUUGAAUUACGUGUGGAUUUGUGAAUAUCAACAACGGCAAAAAAUCUAGAAGAGGUACUUUUGAUAAUGAUACUAAAAAGUAAAUAAAAGGAUGCUAUACAUUACUUUUAGCAUCUGGUUUUACUUUUGAAGAAAACGUUUUGUGGAGCGCAGAAAAGAAAACGAACGGCGAAGCCUAGACCAUAUUCAGGGAAAACUCAAACAAAUAUGUUGAGCCUCAAAACCCAGUGAUGUGUGAGGUACACGUGAUGUGUUGACUCUCUUAGACAUUGCAUAGCGUUAGAGAAAAAGAUAUAUGAGUGUAAGAAAGGUCAAUGCAUAUUGAUAUAGAGGUAAGGAAGUCUCUUUUAAAGCAGAGACAAAACUGCGGUGAAUGUAGUGGGGCGCUGAUGAGAAGAAAAAGGCAUUAACCCCACAGGUAAUAUUAGGUAGUUAUAUCUUUAUCUUUAAUGGACCAGAUAGUGAUAGUAAUAAUGACUGACAUUUUGAUGGUGCUACGUCUAACUUGACUUCCCUUUUCCUCAAACAAAUUAUGCAAAUGUUCUUCCUUUGUUCCUCGUUCUUAUCACUAAUCACCUCUUUUCUUCCAUUUGAUCCAUAAAAGUCUUCCAAUCUCCAACAACCUAGUUUCACAGACUCCCGAUUUCUGUGCUUGGAUGCGGGAAAACGUUUCAGCCAAAGGUAUCGAUGGAAAAUGCCUACUGUCGAAGCCUGGUCUCUCUCUCCGCACGUUUCUACAAGAACUUCUUCGUCUUCUUCAGCAAAGUGAUUUUCUCGUGUAAUAACUUUUCCAGCACCAUUUACCUCUCUAUUACCACACUGCCCGAAUCUCUAGUUAAUGUUUUCUCUCUCUCACAGAUAGUUUAGGUUCAUUUCAUUUCAUCUGAUCGUUAGUGUAGUUAUACACACUUUGUGCAUACGGUCUCAUAGCAACACACUUGUUUAGUCAGUGUCACAGACUCUGGCAGCAGAUACGAGGCGAAGACAGGCCAAAACUCAUUCAAAACUUCGUGUCUGGCUUACCUUAACGAUUGCCGUAUCGUAAUAUCCGUUAUUGUAAUAUUUCGAAAUGAAUUGUACACGCCAGAGUCAGUGACACUGCCUAAUAGACGUUCAAAGGCGUGCCCUUUCUCCCUUCCAGACACAAACCUCCAUAAACACACUCGCCUUCCAGGGCACGCGCUAGUACGUAGUUGUAAAAGAAACCCAGUGAAAUAUAAUUAAUGUAAUGUAAUGUAAUGAAAGUGGGUGCCUUGGAAAUUAUGGCUGAGUGUGAAAAAGGUCAUGUAAUUAUCUUUUUAUUCCCCUUCUCGCCAAGGUUAUCCAUUUAAAGGCAACAUAGGUUAGAAAUGUUUUCGACGCCAUGUUGUCAAGAUCGUCAAUAAAAGAGAAAAUUGUGUCAACAAACAUAUUCUCAUUCACUUCCUCUUUCUCCCUCCUUUAUUGUCUCUUUGAAUAUAGUUAUCUUUCCCUUUAUUCAUUUCUCUCUUCAUAUAUACUAUGAGAUAUUAUUCUCUUAUCUGAAAUCCCGUUCCCUUAUCUGCGCCUCCAGCUCUUUGUCUGGUCACGUGUCAUAAGCAUGUCUUAGGUCAGUCUAGGUCAUACUGCGACUGAAAUAGUGUUUCAGUGUACAGCUUUCCCUGUACGUCGUUGUAGCUCACUAUAAGCUAGAUGUACACUCCUGUACAUCUCCAUCAGACCGAACACUUUAUAAAUAAUCUUCUGCAUCGUCUUGUAUAAGAUUUUUUUUCACUGUUUUCGGUUUAUUGUUGAUGACGUCAGUAUGGAAGAUGAUGACGUAAUCACUGCUGCGGUGGCGGGUAUGAGGUCAAAGGUUACAGGGGCACGAACACGUGUAGACAAGGUUGUCCAUAUGUUUAUAUUUCCUUUGAUUUUAGAAUGUAGGUUUAUUUGAUAUUGUUAUAGAUUUAUUUUCUGUAUAGAUAUAACACUGUCAUUAGCUGAGCCGGUCUCUUUGUCAUACUUUCGUCUUAUAUACCCUUUGAUAUACUCGGAUUUGGAAAGGCCAGAUACGAUCUCUCGUUUCUCUUUUCUAUUCCUGUUUUCAUUCAAUUCUUUAGGGUUAUUCACCUGUUAGUUUGUUUGUUUGUCUGUCUCACGUUUUAUCUGCAUUCGUUACCUCUGUUUAUACCAGUUGGAUUUGGAUUUCCGUUUUGUUUUCGUAUUUCUAAGAGGUAGUUCUUCGUGGCGAAUGGUCUGUGUGCCAGACCCGAGUCUGAGUAUUUAAUUUUUAUGAAAAUUCAAGUUUGAUAAGACACACUUCCUUCAUAACUUCUCUUUCGUUGUGAUUAAUGUUAAAAAAAUUAUUUAUUUCUUUAUAUGCAUCUAACACGGUGAAAUAGAAAGUAUUACAAACUAUAAACUAUAUACAUAAAUUAAGGUAUACUUUAUGAACUUCAACAAUGUAUAUACCCAUGACGACUGUUCUGUGUUUAGAAUUAUCCUAUAUUAUGUUAAAUUCUUUGAAAAAAAAAGUUGGUGUUUUGAAAUCAAUUGUCCAGGAAAAAACUGUAUUUUUCUGGAGUGUAUGGUCCUGUAAACCUCUUGAAAUAUUUACUGUUAAUGUUUAUAAAUGUCUUUACGUUCCCAUCUCGAACAUUUAUUAUGAAAAGCCCGUGAAACCUUUGUAACAUAUAUUUAUUCUUCUUAAACCCUUUUUUAUAAUCCUACAUAUUUUAAACUCUUUGUAUUACUGUGGAAAAAACCCUGAAUUUCCUGAAGUAUCUAACAUGCAGGUUAAUUCUUCUGAAACAUUUUUGAAACUAGCUUGAUAUAUGUUUAUUGUCACGAAAAGUCCGACUUUCCUGACCUUUGACCCUGUAAAGUCCCUGACCUCUGGCUUGUCACCGCCGAUUGUCCCUUUGAGGUCUCUCCCUGUGCCAUACGCUGUACAUAGGCAUCUACAUGUUCAUUAAAUAAUAAUAAAUUAACUUAUAAUGCA